AUGGAAGACCGCUGGCAGCCGAUGAGUCGACAAAAGCCAGUACCGACCGAACGGGACACUGAUCCUGUGGGAAUCAAUUCGGGUACAGAAGGGGAGCAGGAAAGCAAGCCGCCCCGAAAAUACUUAUCAGGCUGGAAACUAUGGUUAUUAACGGCUGGUGUUUGGAUUGCCCUCUUUCUCUCCACCAUCGAGACCACCAUUGUCAGUACCUCGUUGGUUUCGAUCACCAACGCCUUGAACGGCUUCUUGAUUAAGGACUGGGUUGUUACUGCAUACCUAUUAACCUACACAGGUUUCCUCACCAUCUUUGCAAAAUUCAGUGACAUCUUUGGAAGAAAGACAAUGCUCAUCCUCGCCCUGAUUAUUUUCUCAUUGUCUUCUCUUCUGUGCGGUGUCUCUACCUCGAUUGUUGAACUUCUUCCCGGGGGUCUUGUGGCCCUCAUCUUGAUCGUGUGGUGUCUACCAACAUCCGAGACGAGUUCGAGGCUUACGUUCCGCGAACGUUUGCGGACCAAGCUGUCCAAGUCGGACUGUGCGCGAGUGGAUAUAUGUGGCAUGUUUCUUUUGCUCGCCUCUUCUGUUUUACUUGUUUUCGCCCUGGAGGAAGGAGGAAGCCGGUACCCAUGGGACAGCGCCGCCAUUAUCGUCCCGUUCGUGCUGGCAAUCAUCGCUGCCGUCGUUCUCGCAAUCUGGGAGGUUUCCCUUGAGAGGAAAGGAUCGGUUCAGGAACCAGUUUUUCCUCCUAGCAUUCUCAAGAACAGGCUGCUGGCAGCCAUGCUGCUUACAGCCUUCUUUGUCGGCUUCCCAUUUGUGGCCAUCGUCGUCAACGUGCCGCAGAGAGCGCAGGCCGUGAGCGGUCUGUCUCCUCUGAAGGCUGGUCUUGCCUUGCUACCAUUGCUGCUAGCAUCCCCAUUUGCAACAGCUUUGUCUGGAUUCUUGACCAGCAAUUUGAGAAUCCCACCUUUUUACCUCGUCCUCGCGGCGUCAGUCUUACAGUUGAUUGGAGUCGGUUUGUCUUGCUCAUAUCCUAGUGACCGGACCGAGGUUCCUCCAUCGCAAUACGGCUUCGAAGUGAUUAUGGGGAUAGGUUUUGGACUGGGCCUGACCACGAUCCUCACCUUCGCUCGUGCAGUGGUGGAAGAGAAGCACAUGGCCGUCAUGAUGGGUGCCGUAACGCAGAUCCGCGUGCUGGGAGGGACAAUAUCGCUUGCAAUUUGCUCUACUAUCCUGAACAAUCACGUCAAGCCUCGCAUACUUUCUGUCGUUUCCCCCGAGCAAGUGCAGGCAAUCUGCGACUCGCUAUCUGCCAUCAAGGACUUGACUCCGUCUCAACAGGCGGCGGUCAAAAGGGUGUUUGCUGAGGGCUAUAAUUUGCAGAAUAUCUUCAUGACUGCAGUCACGGCUCUGGGUCUCAUCACGACAUGUUUCCUGUGGGAGAGGCAUCCGAGGAAAGCAGUAUAG